GCAAUGUGUUGACUCAGCUAUUCACAAAAACUAAAUUUUCCAGCACCCUCCCAGAUAGAGCUACACAUUGUCAAACUGUAGCUAGCUAGUACAGUGACUGUGCAGCCAUGGCUCCCAGACUCAUCACUGUGGUCCUGGCCUUGUGCUGCUGUUCCCAUGGAGCAAUUCUCUCUGAACCAACGUCACAGAUCGCAUUCGAGGGUGAAGUUUCCGUCUUCAGUUGCCACUCGAAUGAGACUCUCUUCUGGCAGAUAAAUGGACAGAUAUACGAUUUCUCACUGGCUAGCGAUUUGAAAAGUAGAGGCUUUGUCUUCUCUGAUACGUACGACGAAGGAUCGGUUGUUCGGAGCAUUUCUGUGGUUGGUAACAAAGAGACAAACAACACCCUCAUCACGUGUAUCAGUGUGGACCAAGACAAUCGUGUCAUUAUCAGUGGAAAUGCAACACUCACAGUACUAGGGUCCCCGUCCAAUGUGACUCUAACUCUGACGGAUUCUAACUCAUUCAAGCUUACAUGGCAGAGUCCGUCCACACCUGUUGGCUAUGAGCCCCAUAACUACACAGUAACCGUGCAGUACAAAGACAGUGCCACUCUGACAAACACGGAAUCAUUUACUGUACAAAGUACCAAUGAAACUGAUUAUGUGUUUGAUUAUGCGGUGUCAACUGAGCUGUCAAGCUGCUCGCAGUUUGUGUUUAGUGUUGUUUCAAGUGGCGUGAUGGGUGACAGCCAACCAGUUAGGAUGACCUGGGAAAUGCCAUUGGAUGCUAGCUCCCCCAUUGAAGACCUUCAGUGCCGCCUGCAGCUCAACAGGGAUGACAGCAUCACUGCACUGGUCCAGUUUACAUUCCCAGAUCUCUGCCAUUUCCAGUCAGCCAAUUACUCGUUUUCCCUCUCUUCUGCCGUUACUAACAGUGCCCCAGUGGCUAAGUCGGACACGCUGACCUUUGUGGGCGGGGCAGACAGGGACGUUGAGGGGCAGCUGGGUGAUUUGAAGCUGGAUCUGAGUGUCUAUUAUCGAGUGAGGGUGAAGAGUCAGCUGGAGGGUGGAGAGAUGAUUAAUGCACCAAGUACUCUCUGUAACUCAUCAGACAUUAGUAGGACAACACCAUCUAUUGGAUCCCUAUCUGUGCCCACUGGUGGUGACCAGUCGGCUCUUCUGGUUGGCAUAGUGAUUGGCUCUGUUUUUCUGUUUCUUACUCUAACUGUUUAUGUGGUUUCAUUAGUGGUACUGUGUACGUGUAUGAAAAAAUGAAAAUAGCCUUUUUUAAAAAUAUUAUCAUGCUUUUUGCCUAAAUGUUAGUCCUACUACAUUUUGUAUAGUGAUUGCAUGGCUUUGUUUUUCUGUUUCUGUUUCUGGGGUUUCAUUAUUAGUAGUACUGUGUACGUGUAUAUGAAAAAACGAAAAUAGUAUUUCGUGUUAGUACCUUUUUUAAAUUAUUCAUGCUUUUGGCUAGUCAUAUUGUCUGAUAAGAAUUGAAUAGUGAUCAAA